UGAUGUUGAGGGGGCGGGAUGUUAACUUGGGAUACUUCCUACUAAUGGAUGCUUCUGGAUCACAACAACUGCUCGAUGACUGGGAUGACAUUAGCGACUCAGAAUUUCUCAACAUCCCUUGCGAGCAACAAAGCAUCGAUCCCCAUCGUCCUCUCAGUAGAGAAACUGAUUGUGAACACUCAGUGGACUUUAACAGCCCCAUGGUGCCCACUUCAUCCGUGUACAACCAUAACAAAGAGACUUUGGGGCAAGAAGCAGUAAAAACUGAUGAUGCAAGGGGUUUAAAGAGAAAGAGCCUCCAUGAAAACAGCCUCAGCCCAAUGCAACGCUUCCUCAAGCGGCAUCUGAGUGUGACUCUCCUGUGUGACCAGUCUUGGUGUGAGAUGAAGACUGUCUACAGUCUUUUGAAGCCACAUCUCAAAAGAAAAGACCUGCAACGGACUGAGGUGCAAAUCGGAGCAGAAAUACAUUUAUCAAGAGAAUUGGAGAUACAGAACGUUGUCCCUAUAGAUAUCCAGACUAGAGAGGAUGCAGAAGCCAUCAAACUUCUCAACAUGUUACACAUGAUUUCACGGUUAGAAGCAGGGGAGCGUGUGCGAGAGUUCCCUGUGUUUGGUGUGCAGGAAGGUGUUUUUUUCAUGGGGGUCAUUGAUGAACUGAUGUAUAACCAGAAGGGGGAGCUAGUCCUAAAUGAGCUUAAGACACGCAAACACAACUCCAUGCCUAGUUCUGCACAAGAUAAAGUUAACUGCUUACAGGUGGGCCUGUAUAAAUUGCUAUUUGAUGGACUGGUGAGAGGGGAAGUGAAGAAAGACCAUAUAUUAAAUCACCUUAAACUGCGUUCAACUCAAGUGCUUGGAGCGGGAGUCCAGGCCCAUGCUAAAAGCAUUGGGGUUCAGGUGACCACCUUUGAGGAACUGGUUGAUGCCCUACUAAUAACUGUGUCAUGUUCUGAUCUUCCAUGCAUUGACCUGCUUCAGCUUGAAUACUAUCACCAAGGCUCUAGUGGACCCAUUGGGACCAGAGUCGCUCCUUUCAAUGAAGCCCAACUACGGGCAGAGCUUCAGGGUUAUCUGGCCUACUGGACAGGCCAGAGGGAACCCAAAGGGGUGGACAUAGAGGAGGCCUGGAAAUGUAGAUCAUGCCUGUAUGAACAGACUUGUGAUUGGAAAAAGAAUAGAUCGCAAGUAUCUGACCAACAAGCAGCUCAUGCUAGCUCCUGCUCAUGAUUUAGCAUUUUACAGUUGAUACAAACAUUUGGAUGUGGCGAC